GAUAACGCUUUCCGCAUUCUUAAACAAAAGUCGCAGAGAAGUUCCAGGAGGAAGCAGGGAACGAGGUGUGCCCGGGCCUCUUUUCGUUUCAUUGUCGCCAUCCUCUGGCUUGCUGGGUUGGGCCGGAGGCCCAGGUGGAGGCGCGCGGCCACUGUCCCCCUGGUCCUUUGGGUCUGGGCGGCAGUCCCGGGGCGGGUUCCGAGGACCCGCUGCCAGCGCGCACGGAAGUGCGCUCGGCCCUCUCCGGUGGGAGGCCACCGUGAGCGCGACUUCCUUUUUCGCGGGGCGGCCCGGCCUCCCAGGCUCCUCCUUCCCUCCCCCCUUCCCCCAGCCCGAGCAGCUCCCGGUCCGAGGGACGGCGCUCGCCUCGCCACUACUGAGCGCCAGCCGCCGCGCUAGGGAGCGACCUCGCCGGAGUCCCGCGUCGCGCACCGCGCCCCCUGGGUGGCCGGCCAGCUCAGCCCGCCCGUCUCCCCGCCGCCCCGGCCGCCCUUGACCGCUAGCGCACAGCACAGCAGUUCGGGCGCUCGCAGGCGGCGGGCCCCGAGCCCCGGGACAGGGACAGGGACAGGGACUGUAUAGCCUUUGGGCUCCGCGCCCCGGCGAUGGCUGCUCCCGGGCGGCUGCUGCUGCGCCCUCGCCCCAGUGGCUUUCUGCUGCUGCUGCCCGGCCUCCUGUUGCCCCUCGCCGGUGCCUUCAACCUGGACGUCGAAAGCCCCGCCGAGUACGCCGGCCCCGAGGGAAGUUACUUCGGGUUCGCCGUGGACUUCUUCGCGCCCAGCACGUCUUCCAGGAUGUUUCUCCUGGUGGGAGCCCCGAAAGCAAACACAACGCAGCCUGGGAUUGUGGAAGGAGGGCAAGUUCUCAAGUGUGACUGCUCAUCGAGCCGCCGGUGCCAGCCCAUUGAAUUCGAUGCCACAGGUAAUCGAGAUUUUGCCAAAGAUGACCCACUGGAGUUCAAGUCCCACCAGUGGUUGGGAGCUUCUGUGAGGUCAAAGCAGGAUAAAAUCUUGGCUUGUGCUCCGUUGUACCACUGGAGGACCGAGAUGAAGCAGGAGAGAGAGCCUGUUGGAACUUGCUUUCUUCAGGAUGGAACCAAGACUGUUGAGUAUGCGCCAUGCAGGUCAAAAAAUAUUGAUGCUGAUGGACAGGGAUUUUGUCAAGGAGGAUUCAGCAUUGAUUUUACUAAAGCUGACAGAGUACUUCUUGGUGGUCCUGGUAGCUUUUAUUGGCAAGGCCAGCUCAUUUCGGAUCAAGUGGCAGAAAUCAUAUCUAAAUAUGACCCCAAUGUCUACAGCAUCAAAUAUAAUAACCAAUUAGCAACGCGGGCUGCACAAGCAAUUUUUGAUGACAGUUACUUGGGUUACUCGGUGGCUGUGGGAGACUUCAAUGGCGACGGCAUUGAAGAUUUUGUGUCAGGAGUUCCGAGAGCAGCGAGGACUUUGGGAAUGGUUUAUAUUUAUGAUGGGAAAAACAUGUCCUCUUUACACAAUUUUACCGGCGAACAGAUGGCUGCAUAUUUCGGAUUUUCCGUAGCUGCCACUGACAUUAAUGGGGAUGAUUAUGCAGAUGUGUUUAUUGGAGCGCCUCUGUUCAUGGACCGAGGCUCUGAUGGAAAACUCCAAGAGGUGGGCCAGGUCUCAGUGUCUCUGCAGAGAGCAUCGGGAGACUUCCAGACUACAAAGCUGAAUGGAUUUGAGGUUUUUGCCAGAUUUGGAAGUGCCAUAGCUCCUCUGGGAGACCUGGACCAGGAUGGUUUCAAUGAUAUUGCGAUUGCUGCUCCCUAUGGUGGUGAAGAUAAAAAGGGACUUGUUUAUAUCUUCAAUGGGAGAUCAACAGGCCUGAAUUCGGUGCCAUCUCAGGUCCUCGAGGGGCAGUGGGCUGCUCAGAGCAUGCCCCCAAGCUUUGGCUAUUCCAUGAAAGGAGCUACAGAUGUAGACAGAAAUGGAUAUCCAGACUUAGUUGUAGGAGCUUUUGGUGUGGAUCGAGCUAUCUUAUACAGAGCCAGACCCGUUGUCACCGUAAAUGCUGGCCUUGAAGUAUACCCAAGCAUUUUAAAUCAAGACAAUAAAAUCUGCCCGUUGCCUGGGACAGCUCUCAAAGUUUCCUGUUUUAACGUCAGGUUCUGCUUAAAGGCGGAUGGCAAAGGAACUCUUCCAAAGAGGCUGAACUUCCAGGUGGAGCUUCUUUUGGAUAAACUGAAGCAAAAGGGAGCAAUCCGACGAGCACUGUUUCUCCAUAACAGGUCCCCAGGGCACUCCAAGAACAUGACUGUUUUCAAGGGGGGACAGAUGCAGUGCGAGGAGCUGGUUGCCUAUCUGCGGGAUGAAUCUGAAUUUAGAGACAAACUCACUCCCAUCACUAUUUUUAUGGAGUAUCGGUUGGACCACAGAACGGCUGCUGACGAUACAGGCUUGCAGCCCAUUCUGAACCAGUUCACUCCCGCCAAUGUCAGCCGGCAGGCUCAUAUUCUACUUGACUGUGGGGAAGAUAAUGUCUGUAAACCUAAACUGGAAGUUUCUGUAGAUAGUGAUCAAAAGAAGAUCUAUAUUGGGGAUGACAACCCUCUGACCCUGACCGUGAAGGCGCAGAAUCAAGGGGAAGGAGCCUACGAAGCGGAGCUCAUCGUCUCCAUCCCACCGCAGGCAGAUUUCAUCGGGGUUGUCCGAAACAAUGAAGCCUUAGCAAGACUUUCCUGUGCAUUUAAGACAGAAAACCAAACCCGACAGGUGGUGUGUGACCUUGGAAACCCCAUGAAAGCUGGAACUCAACUGUCUGCUGGCCUUCGUUUUAGCGUGCACCAGCAGUCAGAAAUGGAUACUUCUGUGAAAUUUGACUUGAAAAUCCAAAGCUCUAAUUCUUUUGACAAUGUAAGCCCAGUUGUGUCUUACAAAGUUGACCUUGCUGUUUUGGCUGCUGUUGAGAUAAGAGGGGUCUCAAGUCCUGAUCAUGUCUUUCUUCCAAUUCCAAAUUGGGAGUACAAGGAAAACCCUGAGACUGAAGAAGAUGUUGGGCCUGUUGUUCAGCACAUCUAUGAGCUGAGAAACAAUGGUCCAAGUUCAUUCAGCAAGGCAAUCCUAAAUCUCCAGUGGCCUUACAAAUACAACAAUAACACUUUGUUGUACAUCCUUCAUUACGACAUUGAUGGGCCAAUGAACUGUACCGCAGAUACAGAGAUCAACCCUUUGAGAAUUAAGUCUGUGCAGACACCGGAAAAGAAUGACACAGCCCCUGGGCAAGGAGAACGCAGUCAUCUCAUCACCAAGCGGGAUCUCACCCAUACUGAGGGAGAUGUUCACACUUUGGGUUGUGGAGUUGCUAAGUGCCUGCAGAUCGUCUGCCAGGUUGGUCGACUGGAUCGAGGGAAGAGUGCCAUCCUGUACGUGAAAUCCCUGUUGUGGACCGAGACGUUUAUGAAUAAGGAGAACCAGAACCAUUCUUACUCCCUGAAGUCGUCCGCUUCAUUUAACAUCAUCGAGUUUCCUUACAAGAAUCUGCCGAUUGAGGAUCUCUUCAACUCCACGCUGGUCACCACUAACAUCACCUGGGGCAUUCAGCCGGCGCCCAUGCCUGUGCCCGUGUGGGUCAUCAUCUUGGCAGUUCUCGCCGGACUCUUGUUACUGGCUGUUCUGGUGUUUGUAAUGUACAGGAUGGGCUUUUUUAAACGUGUCCGACCACCUCAAGAAGAGCAGGAACGAGAGCAACUCCAACCUCAUGAGAACGGCGAAGGGAACUCUGAAACCUAACCGCGGUUCUGAAGCUGCGCCACGUCUGGAUCCACUAAAGUUACCACUUUGGUGAUAGAUUUAUAUAUCUUUCAUGAAGAACAAAAUCCCAAGAUUGUAUUGCUGAGGGUACCCAGUAGCCUCAGUUUACCCACAAAACUGAAAUGAGUAUUUGCCGACUUCUCUUUAUAAAUAGGUUCAGCUUAACAUUUACUUCACAUACACUGGCGCGUGUUUUUAGGCAUUUAAGUGAGGAAAUUUCAAGUGAUAAUCCUUGUUCAGUGUACAUAAGGCACUUGAGUUACCACAUUAUAUAACACGGUACCUCUUCAGUUACUGUUUCUAAUUUACUAUGUGAGGUUUCUCUCUUCUUCGAUGUUAUGUUAAAGCAAUUAGGAUUUUUAAAGCAAUUCAAAUUUAGACCUUAGCGUCAGUAAUUUUGCACAGGUACUUAGAACAUUAGUACACAUUACACUACAGUUGAUUUUAUAAGCUACUGAAGACUCUGCAAUUGCAUGGACUUAGAUUUUAAUAUCAUUUAUAUAGUAGAACUUUAAAAAAAAAUCUGAUACCAUCAAAAUUCUUUCCUGGGGCUAUAGCUCACUUCAAAGCAUGUGCAAGUCCCUGAGUUUAAUCCUCAACACUGGGGGAAAACAGUAGCUUCCUGUAUUAACAACGGUACAGUAUUUUUAUAUGAAAAUUAGGUUUUUAUUUAUGUUUAGUCUGCAUUGUAUUUUAUUGUAUUUUAACUUUUGUAAUUUAAAUUCUAUAUCAAAUCCUUUAAGCCAUUUCAUGCUGAAAAUUCUAUAAUUGAAAACACUCAUUAAGCAAUAGUUUGAUCUCAGCUGAAUAAUGAUGAUGAUUGAAGCCAUAGGAGUUGGAAGUUGUUUCUGAGGUACAUCUAUUUCCUUUGUCUAACUGUUUGCUACAUAUAAAAGAUCAAAAGACCCUCUUUGUGGUUCUUUGCUGUAAUUGCUCAUCAAAAUGACAUUCUUUAGUUAGACUGGGGCUUCUAAUUGGUGUUAAUUUAUUUUUCUCCUGUAUUCAUAUUUUCCUUCUAUUUCCAAAAUGGAGAAUGGGUCAAGACUGUCUUUAUAACCUGUAGGAGCCUGGAUCUCCCACCCUUACCCCACGAGAAAUGCUUGGAAUUAGCAUUCCAAAGGUAGCUCAUGGUUUGCUUCUAUCAUGGGUAUUACCUCAGGUUAAGCAAGCAAUGCAUAAAACCUGCCUCAGCUGUCAGAAUAAAUGCUAAAAAAAAAUAUUUUUAUAAGCAGCUCAGGUUACUGAAAAUCUUCUAAAGCUUUCUUACAUUUGUUAACAUAAAUUUUCUGGGGCUUUAAUAAAGGCAGCAGAGUUAGCAAGUUAUGGUCUUAAGUGGCUCUGAUUUAUUCACAGUUCCUCAAGGCCAUAGGAUGACUAUCAAUUAUAGCUAUUUUUGUCCAAUUACAUCAUGUUAUGCACUAGAAGUUGAGAAUUUUAAUAGCUUUUUAAACUGCUGUCCUCAUUAAGGAAUGAAAAAUAUUUCUCCUAAAUAAUUGAAUAUUUUUCUACAUUUUAAAAAUAAUUGAAGUUUGUCUCACCAUAUCUUGUGUUAAUUCCAUGUGCAUAUGGCUGAGCUAAUUUGGAGAAUUUAUUUUCAUAACAUGAAGCACAUUUCGGUGAGUUGUACAAGUUAGAAUAUAGACAGGACCCUAUAUUUAGAGUUAAUGAACUUUUAAUAACUUUUUGGGGUAUAAAAU